GUGCCUUUAGCAAGUCUGACAUCACAAGAGAAUCAUCUUUUACAUCAGCCGACACUGGGAAUUCACUGUCUGCUUUUCCAAGUUAUUCAGGCGCAGGGAUACCUACUGAAGGAAGCUCGGACUUCUCCUGGGGAUAUGGAACUUGAUCAAAAUGCCACUGAAAAAGUCCAGGCAAUGUUCACAGCCAUUGAUGAACUCUUGUAUGAGCAGAAGUUGAGUGUGCAUACCAAGAGUCUACAAGAAGAGUGCCAACAGUGGACAGCCAGCUUUCCUCACCUCAGGAUUCUAGGUAGGCAGAUAAUCACUCCAAGUGAAGGUUACAGAUUGUAUCCUAGAUCCCCUUCUGCUGUUUCUGCUUCAUAUGAAACAACCUUGUCUCAAGAAAGAGAUUCUACUAUAUUUAGUAUAAGGGGAAAGAAGUUACAUUUUUCAUCUUCUUAUGCUCAUAAAGCAUCUUCCAUUGCCAAAUCCUCCAGCUUUUGUUCUAUGGAAAGAGACGAGGAAGACUCUAUAAUCUUCUCGGAAGGAAUAAUUGAGGAAUACCUAGCAUUCGAUCACACAGAUAUGAAAGAAGGAUUUCAUGGGAAGAAAUCAGAAGCAGCUACAGAGAAACCGAAAUUAGGGUAUCCUCCCAUUGCUCCAUUUUACUGCAUGAAAGAAGAUGUCCUUGCUUAUGUGUUUGACAAUGUAUGGAGCAAGGUUGUGAGCUGUAUGGAGGAGUUGACACGUAGUCACUGGGAAGGAUUUGCCUCUGAUGAUGAGAGUGAUGUUGCAAUUACCAGACCCGAUUCAGAAAGUUCAUGUGUGCUGAGUGAACCACAUCCUUUGGUGUUACCACGAGUGCCACAGUCUAAGGUGCUGUCCAUUACCUCAAAUCCGAUGAGUCUCUGUCAAGCAAGCAGUCAUCAGCCAAAUGUGAAUGCUCUCUUGGUUCAUGGGAUGCCUCUACAGCUAAGAAAUCUCUCCCUAAUGGACAAGCUCCUAGAUCUUGAUGACAAGCUACUUAUGAGGCCUGGGUCCAGUACCAUCCUUUCAACUCGAAAUUGGCCAAAUCGAGCUGUGGAGUUUAGUACAUCAUCUCUGUCAUACACAGCGCAGUCCACCAGGAGACGCAAUCCACCGCCACGAACCCUUCAUCCGAUCAGCACGAGCCAUUCACGUGCUGGAACACUAAGACCUAUGGAAGAAAUCCUCAGAGGAGCCCAAGUCCCAGUGGCAGCCGACUCGCUCUCCUCUCCCUCACCAAUGCCCCUGAGUCGAAAUAAUCUGCUACCACCUAUUGGCACAGCUGAAGUGGAACAUGUGAGCACUGUGGGGCCACAAAGACAGACGCUGGAUACACAGUAUCGUCGCUCGUGUGCAGUUGAGUAUCCGCAUCAGGCCAGACCUGGCAGGGGAUCUGCAGGUCCUCAGUUACAUGGGUCUACAAAAUCUCAAAGCAGAGGCGGACCAGUCUCUCGAACCAGGCAGGGACCAUAAGGCAAAUGAGAAGAACCUGUCAGGCUGCAGGAAACACGAGAUUUCAUGAAGCCGUAUUCAGUCAUCAAGUGAUGUAGAGCUUGUAUAGAAGAUCGACUAGAAACCAUCUUCAUGAAGGGUGAUUUUGGCACAAGUGACUGAAGAACAAAACAGCAGAGCUGCCAAAAAUGACAUGCGUGUUUUUUCUAUCUCCAGUUACUGUCUCUUUCAGCAGAAAUUAACCUAUUCCAUUGGAAAGAAAAGUUUGUACCCAAAGAUGCAACAAUGAAUAAUAGCCAAAUCACUGCUCAUGUUGUCUCUUAACAAUGAUCAGUUCAAUCAUAUAGGAUUUGAUGAACUCACACAUACAUAAAAAGCAGCAAAUGGUCAGUGACAAUAUCACUGGCUUCAGAAUACUUCAGCUUGUGUUCAUUUCUGGAGAGCUAUACUCAGUUUUAAGUCAUUUUGCUGUCAAAAAUCUAACCUCAUCCAACAGACGUCAUUCCUAAAACUCUCUUUAGAUGUCCUACCCUAUUAACAGAUUAAAAUGGAAGAGGUGUGUAACUAAAGACAUAAAUGUUAAGCAUUAAAGUAACUUCUGUAAUAAAGUAUAUUGCAUAUUUUUUUAGAUAGGACAGUUCAACCUUAUGAUGCCUACCUGAUGCCGGGUUAUGCUUAUUUUCUUCCUAAAGUAGGUUACUGGUCUUAUCUUUUUUCCAAAUAUUAAAUGCACCUUGCCAGAUAUUCUCCUGCAACUCUAAGGAAAGUAAGUCAAAAAAUAAUUUGUAGAAUCUACUAUUGGGCCAAAGUAUAAUUCCCUAAAAGUUUAAGAAACCCUGGCAAUUAAUUCAGCAUAAACAUAUCCUAUAAACAGCAGGAGAGGUUCAGCUUUCUGACUUUACUGUGGACCUAAGGGCAUUCAUGAAAGCAGCAACAGUUUUAACUAUGGCUUAAAUUUAUUUUAAAUUUCACUAAAUACAAAUCUUGAUUGUCAUGCCAGUUUUAGAUCUUAUUAAUUUUCAGAAUGGAUAAAUUCAAUAAUCAUAAAUUACAAUAACUUUUUUUUAUACCAAGGUGUUCUAAUGCCAUCAUAUGAAGACAGAUGCUUCAAAGAACCUGCAUUAAAUUAUAUUUUUAAUACAAUUAAAAACUAUUUUUAACCUA